AUGUCAACACGCGGAUCUCGCUUCGGAAUCUCAGGCUCGAUGUCUUCUCAUGCAGUGGCAAAGCCAUCCAAGAAGGGCGGUGUGUGGAAAUGGAGAAAUGUCAAGUACGAAAGCCAUGCUGCCAAGCAUCGCAAGAACAUUGACAUUGAUCGAUUAAAUGAUCUGACUGUUUAUUGCAGCGAUGGCAAACAAGUCAAGUGUCAAAGCUACAUGUUGCGCGUUGCGAGCGAGGUAUUUGAUGAGAUGCUCGGUGGCGAUGACUUUGACCCAAAAAAGGGUCUAGUGUGUCCCAGAUUCUCCUCGAAUGUCAUUGAAACGGUCAAGUACUACUGCCAUCUGGGGUGUAUCCCGACAUUGCAACCCUCCCAGAUGACGCCAAUGGAGAUGGACACGCUGCUGGAUGUAUUGGUGGCAGCCGACUUCUACGACUUGGACGAGCUUGGUGCGAUGUGCCUGGGCCACACGAAAAAGAACAUGGAGAAAAGACCCAACUUGGCAUUCGCAGUUGCGGCAAAGUUUGGAUUGAGCUACAAAGAAGAAGAUCGCACUAUGGUGGCAUCCGCAAUGUUCUUUGCCAGUAGUCUGGUUGGAAACUUUCAAGAGGAGCUGCUCUCGCAUCCUUCUAUUAGUGCCAUUUCUAUGCUACGACACAGGGCCACCUUGAAGAGCAUCCUUGAUUUGAUGCCGAUGACAUCCUCGGAAGCUUUCAAGGACGUUACAUUGCUUCCCCUACAGUUCAUGCACAGCUGGGUUGCCAUGACCGGUGGUGAAGAAGAGGAAGAUGAUGCCACGAACAUGGCACGUGAGCUUUUGAAAGAAACAAAUUUUCUCAAAAAGAUUGCCGCAGUGCGACCUGACCAUCUCAUCGAUCCAGAGGGGAUGAUUCGAGCAUCGGAUUUGGUUGACAAGGAGAACGUGAUGGAUGCCAUCUACAGCCUUCGACCGGGGUAUUGUCUUGUCCAACCCAACUCAUCUGCCUUUCUUACCAAUCUGCAUAUUCAUUCAAAGGAGGUAAAGGUGAUGUCAGUUGAAGAUCUUUUUUAA